GAAAAUCAAUCACUAACCCCUCACGCACGCAAGCCCCCCCCCCCCCCCCCCCCCCCAAUUCUCCGGCGGCGGCAGCUUAUGGCGGCGGCGGCGGCAAGGUCCGGGCUCCGACGGAUGUUCUCCAUCGCCGACUUCGCGACGCCGAACACGCGCAUGUUCUCCAUCUCGGCCUUCGCGCCGCCGAGCCCGCCCACGCCUCCCCCGAAGGCCGACCCCUCCCCCAACCUCUUCGUCUCCGGGCUAAGCAAGCGUACAACAACUGAUGGACUUAGAGAAGCUUUUGCAAAGUUUGGGGAAGUUGAACACGCUCGAGUUGUCACAGAUCGUGUCACUGGUUUUUCUAAGGGGUUUGGCUUUGUAAGGUAUGUUUCGGUUGAAGAUGCAGCUAAAGGAAUAGAAGGAAUGGAUGGAAAAUUUCUGGAUGGAUGGGUUAUUUUUGCUGAAUAUGCUAGACCCAGACCACCGCCGCAGAUGGGAGGGGCAACUCCGCAGCCACAACAAUCAUGGGGCACUCCUGGUUCCUGGGGCUCACAGUAGAUGAAGGGACGAUCAUUCUAUCUGGCUGUGCGUCUGACAGCGUAUCAGCCAGCCAUCGCAGUCUACAUUUAGAUCAUAGCUACCAUCGUGUUGUCCCAGGUGUGAACACCCUUGCCUGAUCCAAUAUUCUUGUCGUGUUGGACUGGUCGUUUACGGCCUCCACAUGGAGAAGCACUUGUGGAACCUUAUAUGGACCAAGCAGGUAUUACUGUCAGCAUGCAACAGUUUCGGACCAUUGCUAAUAAUGUCUUGUCCUUUUUAUUUGAAUCGUCGUAAGCCUUAUCAGCUGCUGAUGGCAUGUGCUGCUCUUGUACUACUGGAUAAUGACUCGUAGCUCGGAAUAAGAACACGUUUGCAAGCGAA